AUGGAGAUAUAUGUUGUAGCCCUAUCUCAACAUCGUGGGGUCAAAGAAGUGACUGAAUGGAUGUCAAAGAUCACUGGUUUCCAAGAAAGCACAAACCUCACCACCAGAUGUGCACAGCAGCUUCCUGAGCUCCAUAGGGUUGUGAAAAUUUUCGAUUCAUCUAUGACAAGUGGUAUCCCUGUUUCUGAAACUUGUGAGUACCAGUUUUCGCUGUACAAUAACGAUGCUACCCAGCAUCUGUUUGAAGUAUCUGCUGGUCUUGCCUCGCUUGUUCUCGGAGAAGGUCAGAUUCUUGCACAGGUUAAACAAGUUGUCAAAGUUGGCCAAGGGGUUGUUGGCUUUGGGAGGAACCUUAGCGGGUCAUUUAAGCAUGCAAUAACUGUUGGAAAACAGGUUAGAACUGAGACAAAUAUCGCUGCUGGGGCUGUUUCUGUGAGCUCAGCUUCUGUUGAAUUAACUGUUUGGGUUUUUGAAGAUGGAGAGAAAUAG